AUGCACCGCUCAGUGUCAGCCUCGAGAGAAAGAAGAAGGAAGCGGUAGGUACAAACCACACAGACUAACAACAGUGCAAUGUUUAGCCUCUUCGGGAAAAAUAAACCUGUGAAAAUUAGGAGUUGUAACGAAAGCAGAAAGUACGGAGUUGCAGCAAAAGAUGUGAAGCAGUUGCUUAAAAAAGGCUGCAAGUUAUUGCAGUUGCCAUCUUCUGGUGCACAUGUUUGUUUGUAUGAGGAUGGGACAAAGGUGACAGAGGAAUACUUCCCCACUCUGCCAGACAACACAGAACUUGUUCUUCUCUGCAGAGAUCAGACAUGGAGUGGAGUUGUGUGUGACAUCGGGCAGUUACUGAGCACAGACCGGCACGCGGCUGACCUCGUUGAAGCGGCGAAAGGUCUCCUGUCUGAUGAGCAUUCUCCUAAAAGGCGUAAAAUCCUGACUGACCUGCUGUUCAACCUGGAGGACAGAUCCGAGCUGGAGAGCAGAGACGAGGACGAGGACUGGUUCAAAGGUGUUGAUGCUCGAUUCAAGACAAAGUCGGCCUACAUGAAGUUCAACUGUGAGAGCAGGAUACGAGGCUACAUGAAGGAGGUGGAUGGUGCCACCAAAUCCAUACAGAAGGCUAAAGUUAGGGAAGAGUUUCUGAAAACCUGCAAAUCCCUGGCGGAAACGCUGAAGGCAGCAAGGCACAACGGCUGCUACUUUGACAGGAGUGAAAAGGAACCGAACCGCCUCUGUACUCAGGAAGGAUGGUUUACCUGCCAGGGAUCUUUUGAGCAGCGGGCGUGCCAGUCUCUCCACUCCAUCAACCCCUACGGCAGCCGAGAGAGCAGGAUUGUGUUCAGCACAUGGAAUCUGGACCACAGGAUCGAAAAGAAGAGGACGAUCAUUCCCGCUCUGCUGGAAGCUCUACAGAAUCACAAGAGCACCGACAUCAACCUGAACUACUUCUACUGCUUGCUGUUCACCAGGGAAAACCUGAAACUGGUUCACAUCGUGUGCCACAAGAAAGGAGCUCACAACCUGCUGUGUGACCCCAACCAGAUUUUUAGACAAGCCGCUAACACAGACAAAGCUAAACAGAAGGUCAAAGGGAGGAAGAGGCGCUUAGUGUAAAUUGUUUUUGACUCCACUUUUAUGAAAAAUGAUUGUUUGUAUUCAUUUGUAUGAACUGUGAUGAUAUAAUUACACUGAAGAAUUAUCUCAAAGGUUACUGUUGCAAGAUUAGAAGGACAGAAAGGUAACCUUUUUUUUUU